AAGGGAGACAAACCCUUUCCUCAACUCCGAAGUUGAUAGAACUUAUUCUUAGCAGCUACUAACGGCCCCGGUGACAGGAAUUACACCGAUGUAGAUAACGUGAUUGGUUUGAUUUACGUAUAAUGUAGAGACGACGUGUUUGAGACAUUUAUUUAUAACCACUUUCCACAACAAAUAGGACUUGACAUUCUCGUCCAUUCGAGUCUCCACGUGCAGUCACGGAAUCACUUCCGACCUUGUUGAAAUGUACAUUAUGUGAAUGCUGCUGCGGUGCUUCCACGCUUCAGUGACUGGCGAUGGUGUGACGGUAGUCAUGUUGGUGUGAGAACGAUGCGGCUGCCACUAUGGCGUCGACUGACGCGCAACGUCUACCGCAAGGUGAUGGUGUUCUUGGUGCUCCUGCUGAUCAUCUGGUGUGCCACUCUUGCCAACAUAACACUUAUCUUCAGUGUCAAGCCACCCAAAGAGAGUGAAGUAUUGAAGAAUGAGAUCAUCCGCUUGAGUGAGGAAUAUGUGAAGGCUCUGUCGAGGGAAAAUGGAGACAUGGUGGAUGGACCCUACGCCGGCAGGUUUACAGCUUACGAUCUGAAGAAGACCAUGGCUGUGUUGUUGGAGAGUAUGCUUGAGAGGUUGCAGCGCCUGGAGAGUGCCGUCAAUCUCGUCAUCAACACUACCCUUGUCAAUGACACCAUCAACGCUACUUUAAAGCUGGAAGAAAAACACAAGUCUGGAAUCAGUGCUAGAGAUUUGAUAAAUGGCAGGAGCAUCAACUGUAAGCUUACUGAUGAGGACAAGGCACAGUUCCCCCAUUGCGAGGGCAAGAUGAUGUGGAUGAGCAAGAUGUGGAAGUCUGACCCGUGCUAUGCAACAUACGGUGUUGAUGGCUCCGACUGCUCCUACGUUAUGUACCUCAGCGAGGUUGAAGGCUGGUGUCCGAAGAAGGCCUGGGGUGGCUCCAUGAAACUCAAGCUGAAGGAAGCAGCUCCUCUUUAUGCUAACAUCACCAGCAACCUGGAGGACCUGAUGGUGCUACUGCGAGAUCCCAAUGAGAGGCAGGGUUAUGCAUGGAUCAGAAUGCGCAUCACACGCAUGUGGGACAAAUGGUCAUCUGCCAUUCACAGACUCGCUGCCAAGCAGAAUCUGGUGCACCGAAAGAAGAAAAAGAUUCUAGUUCAUUUGGGGUUGUUGUCCAAACAGUCAGGAUGGAAGUUUGCUGAAAUGCAGUUCAAAGGUGGCCCCCUGGGUGAACUGGUGCAAUGGAGUGACCUCAUCACCACCCUGUUCCUCCUGGGCCAUGACCUCACCAUCACUAGUGAGGUUGAGCAGCUGGUGGGGAUCCUGUCUCGACUCCCAGCAGCCAAGUCUCCGUGUCAGAGUCGGAAGGAGCUACCAGUCAACAUCAUCUACACAGACAUCAUGGGCCUCAUCCAGUUUAAGAAGCGGGUCAAGGGUGGCUAUGGCAAGUUCAGUUGUCUAUUCCGGAUUGUUGAUUCGUUUGGCACUGAACCUGCCUACAACCAUCGUAGCUUUGCCAAACAGAACAAGAUCCUCACAUCAUGGGGAGGCCAAGACUUGCAGCCUCGCCAGUUCUUCACCAUGUUCCCUCACAGCCCCGACAACUCCUUCAUGGGGUUUGUGGUUGAGCAGCACCUCAACGACUCCCAUGUGCAGCAUCUGGAGAGGCAGAACAAGGCUGUUGUGUACGGCAAGAAGGAGUACAUGUGGGAGAAAAAAGACAGCUACCUCAAUGUAAUAAAGGACUUUCUUGAGAUACAUGGUACAGUCUAUUAUGAUGAGAAGCAGGCCAAGCUCCCGGACUAUGUGGUGAACCAUGGUCUACUCAAUGGAGCGGACCUCCACAAACUGUUGAGAGAGUCAAAGGUGUUUAUCGGGAUGGGCUUCCCGUACGAGGGCCCUGCUCCCUUGGAAGCUAUUGCAAAUGGAGCAGUGUUCCUCAAUGCCAGGUUUGAUCCACCCCACGGCAACAAGAAUGACCCUGUGUUUAAGGGGAAGCCCACCCAGCGAGAGCUGACUAGUCAGCAUCCAUAUGCAGAAAUGUUUAUCGGAAAGCCUCAUGUUUACACCAUAAACAUCAAAGAUACAAAUGAGGUCACUAAAGCUUUGCAAGAAAUCCUGCACAAUAAUACAUUUGAGCCAUAUUUGCCCUACGAGUACUCUGAGGAGGGGAUGCUGCAGAGGAUGAAUGCAUACAUUGAACAUCAGGACUUCUGCAAGUUCCAGAAACAGAUAGCACAAUGGCCGCCCUCAGAUGCUGUACGUCUGCUCCUGGGCUCCCCAGGGAAGAGUUGUAAAGAUGCCUGCUGGGAACAGAAUCUAAUAUGUGAACCAAGCCACUUCAUGGAGUUAAACUCAUUAGAGGAAAUAGAAAAACUAUAUGUGCAGUGUUCCAGCAAACACAGUUCAGCAAACAUUUACUACCCUGCAUUUAAUGUAAAUACUAAAGAGUGCACACUUCAAGGGGAAGAACUCUUGUUCAGCUGUGUUGGUGGACGUCAUGAUCUGAGGCGACUGUGUCCAUGUCGGAAUUACAUUCGAGGUCAGACUGCACUUUGUGUUGGUUGCCAGAGUUGAUCCUGGCCAUGUCAACUGUGAUUGGUUGAAUUUGUUUUAUCUGUGAUCUGACUGGAGGAUAAGAUGAUUGCUGUGGCUCAACAUGAAGUGUACAUGUGCUGCUGUAUUGACAGAUUGAGGAGGCAGGAUGUGUUUGUCCUGUAGGUGUCCUUUUGUCACAAUGUUUCAGCUUGCCAAAACACACACACACAUGCAUAGAUACAUACAUACAUACAUACAUACAUACAUACAUACAUACAUACAUACAUACAUACAUACAUACAUACAUACAUACAUACAUACAUACAUACA